CUGGAUUCGUGCGAACCCGAACACCGGUCCCACGGGUUUCGCCGGGGGAAUCAACUCUGCGAUCCUUCGCUACGUUGGAGCGAGCUUUUCAGAGCCCAGGACCUCGCAGGACAAGUCGGUCAACGGACUGGUUAACGAAGUCAAUCUCCACCCCCUCGUGAACCCCGGUGCGCCUGGUCGCCCAUUCAUCGGUGGUGCGGAUGUGCAGCUCAAUCUGGCUUUGGCAUUCGAUUUUACGACGUUCAGAUUCAAGAUCAACGGCGCCUCCUUUGUUCCGCCGACGGUUCCAGUGCUGCUCCAGAUUCUGUCUGGCGCACAGAGCGCCCAGUCACUGCUCCCCAAGGGCUCGGUGUACACACUUCCGCACUUUGCGUCCGUGGAAAUCACGCUUGCGGGGGGCGUGGUAGGCGGUGGCGUGAGUGGGCCUCUCUUCGCUUAACUGUGGAGACUCAUGCCAUGAACGAUGAUGUGAAUCUCUAGCACCCGUUCCAUUUGCACGGUCAUGCCUUCGAUGUGAUCCGCUCGGCCGGAAGCAGCACGUACAACUACGUCAACCCCGCCCGCCGUGACGUCGUCAACAUCGGAACCACAGGCGACAAUGUGACGAUCCGUUUCUUCACGGACAACCGCGGACCGUGGUUUCUCCACUGCCACAUCGACUGGCACCUGGAAGCUGGUUUUGCCGUCGUGAUGGCCGAGGACGUGGCCGACUGGAAGUCGGAGCUGAUCCCGCCGUCUGCAUGGAACCAGCUGUGCCCUAUCUAUAACGCGCUUCCGGCCUCGAUUACUUCUCACGCGGCCUGAACACCGAUACAUGUCGCCUGACUUAUUCGAGAAUUAAUUCAUAUUUUGCUUCUGCAAUCCUUUUAUUCGCUGCGAGAUAAACGUCACUGUUCAAUCUUGC